UCUGCAUACAAGAUGGUUAAUGAAUUGCAAGAAAAGUAUUUCAAAUACAAAACAACAAUGUAUAAUGCUAUUAUGGCAGGAUAUUUUUUCGAGAAAAACAUCAGUGGUGGGUUGAGGGUUCUCAAACAAAUGCGAGAUGCCAACAUAAAGCUCGAUUCAUACACUUUCAGCUAUUUGAUUGGCAAUUGUGCAACAAAAGAAGAGAUUAAAAAAUAUUAUGAAGAGAUGGAACAAUCUGGGAUUCACUUGACAAAAGAAGUUUUUGUAUCCCUGAUUCAUGCAUAUGCAGCUUGCGGUGAAUUUGAUGCAGAAAAACAGGAUGUGUUAUGUAAUUUACAUGGCGAGUUGGAGAGGGUGCUUCUCCUACUCAAGGAGUUGAGUGGUCAAGAUUGGGUUGACGGUUUCAGCUGGGCUAUUCGGUACUCCGUUCAAAACAAAAAUUUAAGUUCUACCAUUCAAUUGUUUAAACAACUUAAGGAGUAUUACAAAAAUGAUGCAUUCAAGAGAGGUGAUCCUUUUUAUUUAAAAAGAAAGGGACAUGAUUUUUUUGAUGAAGCGUAUUUUCUAAUUUUGAAAUAUGGAUCCACAUAUUUGCAAUUUGGAAUGGACUUGCUGGAUCUAAUAAAAAAAGAGCUUGGCCUUGUUCCUUCAAAAAUGUGUCUUGAUGGUCUCCUAACUCUUUGUGCCAUAUCAAGAGAUUUGAAUAAUGCUCAUUUGAUUUGA